AAAAGUGAAACCCGGAAAGGGCUGAGAAGCCCUCUUCCCCUUUCUAAAGUUGCUUCAAAGCAGGGUGUAAAGUCCUAGACCUGGCUCAUUCAACCCUCCCGGCACAUAGAGCAUAGCCGAAACUUCUGGAGCCACGGGGUGCCCAGGUUGAGCAGAAUCCAUGGAGAAGUUCAAGGCAGUGCUGGACCUGCAGAGCAAGCACCGCAAUGCCCUGGGCUAUGGCUUGGUGACCCUGCUGACCGCGGGUGGGGAGAAGAUCUUUUCCCAGGUGGUGUUCCAGUGUCCCUGCAGCGCCUCCUGGAAUCUGCCCUAUGGCCUGGUGUUCCUGCUGGUGCCAGCGCUGGCUCUCUUCCUCCUGGGCUACGCGCUCAGCGCGCGCACCUGGCGCCUGCUCACUGGCUGCUGCUCCCGGAGCGCUAGCGCGCGUUCCAGCUCCGGGUUGCGCGGCGCGUUCGUGUGCGCGCAGAUCAGCGGGGCCGCCGCGCUGGCGCCCCUCACCUGGGUGGCGGUGGCGCUGCUCGGGGGCUCCUUCUACGAGUGUGCUGUCAGCGGGAGCACGCCCAUGGCCAGGUACCUGUGCAAGGGCCGCGACCCCAGCUGCGCCGCCAAGCUACCGCAGGUUCCCUGCAAGCAGCAGGAGGCGGAGAUGCUGGACAUCCUGAGUCAGCUCAAGGCUCAGUCUCAGGUGCUGGGCUGGGUCCUGAUCGCAGCCGUCAUCAUUUUACUUCUGGUUAUGAAGUCUGUCACCCGAUGCCUCUCUCCGGUUAGUUAUCUGCAGCUAAAGUUCUGGGAAAUAUAUUUGGAAAAGGAGAGGCAGAUCCUCCAAAGUGAAGCCACGGAGCAUGCGACCCAGCUGGCAAAAGAGAAUGUUAGAUGUUUCUUUGAGUGCACAAAUCCGAAAGAUUGCAUCACCCCAAGCAGUAAAGCCUGGCAGCAAAUCUCCGCACUGUACACAUUCAAUCCCAAGAACCAGUUCUACAGCAUGCUGCACAAGUAUGUGAACAGAAAGGACAUGAGUGGCAGUCUUCGCUCUGUGGAAGGAGAUGCAGUGGUUCCCGGCCUUGGCUUUGUAGAUGCGUCAGGAAUGCUCACCACUCAUGGGGUGUGAUCUUACAAAUGAACGGGGAAAAAAAUCAUUUUGAAUUGUUGCUUUAUAUAAAAAUAAACAUUAGUAUGUUUUA